UUAGGACCACUUGGGUCAAGUAUACUUGAGACCAACCCGUUCCCGUUACCGCUACCGCGAAAACCCACCCAAAACCCUUAAACCAAUAACACCCCUCUGUAUCUCCGGUGUAGGCGUUAAGGGCGAGAGCUUCAUCACUUCCCCGCAGUUUGAUCACAGUGAUCAAUUGAAAUCGAGACAACCUGGGAAGUUUACUCUGUGAUGAACUGCUUGUGGCAUGUGUCUUCAUAUACUGCAGCUAUAGUUAGAAGGACUAGUCAUUUUGUUGCGAGGAGUUCUUUGUAUGGAUGUGCUAAUUCCUCAUGGAAAAUAAACUUCGACUACACUGGUAUUAGGGCAAUCUAUUUAGAACCUGUGCUGACAAGGUUUCAUGUUCGGAGCUAUUCGUCUCGAAGGGUUAGCAAAAGCACGUCUCGGUUACGGAAGUUAGAUUCCGAGCCGGUGAUGGAACAAGAGAAGGAUGCGUUCUUUGUUGUGCGGAAAGGGGAUAUUGUCGGUGUUUAUAAGAGCCUGACUGAUUGUCAGGCUCAAGUUGGAUCUUCAAUAUGCGAUCCUCCAGUUAGUGUGUACAAAGGAUAUUCUUUGCCUAAGGACACUGAGGAAUAUCUCAUUGCUCGCGGGCUUAAGAAUGCUAUCUACACUAUUAAUGCUGCAGACUUGAAAGAAGAUCUUUUCGGCACUCUUAUGCCUUGCCCUUUUCAAGAUCCAGCUUCUUGUAGAGGUGAAACAUCUAGCAAGGUUGCUUCUAAAAAAAGAUCACAGGAAGUGCAUGAAUCGGAAAUUGCGGAAAUAGUUGGUUCUGCAUCCAUUUCAACAGAUCCCUUGAGAAAGCAUGUCAAGCUAGACCAUUCUGCUGUGGUUGAAGCUCCUUCCGCUGCUUGUGUUUUCUUAUCCCACUGUUUGGUGUUGAUGAAGCCAAAAAAGUGGCUCAGAACCAGGCAAUCCUGUAUUCUUGAGUUUGAUGGUGCAUCAAAAGGAAAUCCUGGACAAGCUGGCGCAGGAGCUGUGCUGCGAGCUGAAGAUGGAAGUUUGAUCUGUAGAUUGCAGGAAGGUUUGGGCACAGCAACCAAUAAUGUUGCUGAAUAUCGAGCUUUGAUUUUGGGGUUGAAAUAUGCUCUUAAAAAGGGUUUUACUACCAUCCGUGCCCAAGGAGACUCCAAGCUCAUCUGUAUGCAGGUUCAGGGUUUGUGGAAAGUCAGAAACCAGAACAUGUCUGACUUGUUUGAGGAGGCAAAAAUAUUGAAGGAGAAAUUUCUUUCGUUCAAGAUAAAUCAUGUCUUAAGGGAACAAAACUCCGAGGCUGAUGCUCAAGCAAACUUUGCAGUCAGUCUUGCUGAUGGUCAAAUCGAGGAGUUGGGAUACAAGAAGAGCAGAGCCUGGGAACCUAAAAUGAUGAAUAUGACGACAAUGUUGACGAGAGGCGUUCGAAAUUUAACCGCCGUAACAAAGAGAGCUUCGUUUUACCGCUUAUUUUCUUCAGCCUCGUCGUCAACCCCCUCUACGCCUCCUCCCGGCGUCGUCGUUUCGGGUGCCGCUGCUGACGUGGCCGAUGUCGACGAAGAAGAAGAAGAAGCGCAGAAUCUGGUGUACUCGGAUGCAGCCGCUUCCUUGGCCGUCAAGCCGGCGAUCCCCACUCUCCUUCAGCCACGUGUCGUCGUCUACGACGGCGUCUGCCACCUCUGCCACCGAGGGGUGAAGUGGGUGAUCGAAGCAGACAAGUAUAGGAAGAUCAAGUUUUGUUGCCUUCAGUCGAAGACUGCCGAGCCGUACUUGAGGCUGUGUGGUGUGGACCGCGAGGAUGUUCUCCGUCGCUUUUUAUUCAUCGAAGGCCCGGGCUUAUAUCACCAAGCAUCAACCGCUGCCUUGAGAGUUUUGUCAUACUUGCCGCUGCCUUACUCUACUUUAAGCACACUCUUGGUAGUUCCAACUCCACUGAGGGAUGCUGUCUACGAUCAUGUUGCCAAGCGACGCUAUGACUGGUUCGGGAAGAGUGAGGAUUGCUUAGUUUUGCAAGAGAAAGAGCUGCUUGAACGUUUUAUUGAUAGGGAAGAAAUGAUGGACCAGAGUAAAUCAGAUUUGUGAUUAGCUUUUUAAAUGCCAUCAGCCACGUUUUGUUUGUAUAUGCAUUGGUUGAUAUUCUUAAGGGAACAUAUAAAUAUAAUGUUGUAAAUGUGGGGUGUAGCUUGGCAAAGCCUUUUUUGUCCCAAGUAGGAGUUAUAUUACUGGGAUUACAGAUGAUCAGAUGCUAUGCAACGUAAUUCAACACUUACCUUUUGAUCAA